AUGUGCAGCAACGGACUCAGCGAUCUUGAGGGCGUGGAGGGGUUCGCGUCGCGCCUGUACGCGGGAGACAAGGCAGCGCUGCAGCUUGUCACGGAGCUGGGCUGGGGCGAAGUGGCCGCCGCGAUGGGGCUGCCGUUGAUGCAAACCGUGCUGCAGGAAUCCACCUCGGCGUACGCCAUCUUUUUUGUCGCCCAGACGCUGCGGCAGCUGGUGGGCGCCAAGUUUGUCACAGCCGACCUCGUCUCUCUUGAGUCCUUCCUGAGUUGGUUGAUUGUGCGGCGGCACGAGGCGCUAACCGCCUCCAGCGUGGAGGUACUCACCCGGCUCCUGUGCGCUGUGGUGAAGCAGGGCUUCUGUGACGCGCCGGAGCUGCAGAGCUUUCCCCAGCGCGUCACAGCCGCGUUGACGCUGGAGGGGUCGGACUUCUCGGAGGGGCGCGUUGCCCUCGCGUGUGGCAUUCUUGUCGCCUUCAUCGACGAAACGGAACGCGUGGAUGGAACGGGGCGCGGCCUGAUCCGUCACAAGCGCACGGGCACGUGCUUCCGCGAUGGGUGUUUGCUUGCGAUGUUUCGUGCCGCCUCGCACUGCCUGCGGCGGCUGCAGCGCACGCAGUGGAAAGCUGUUUGCGGCGUGGUGGCCCUGGUGAGGCGAAUUCUCCUCUUUGACUUCACCUGUUCCUGCGAUGAGCCGAUGGAGGAUGUCAUGACGUUUGAGUUCCCCCUGGAGUGGGCGGCCGACCUCGUGGACCAGAGUUUGCUGACUCGGCUCUUCGACGUCUACGCCGCCCCGACGACGGACGCAAAGUUCCUUUGCGACGUCCUCGAGGCCCUCACGCCGCUUGUCUCGCUGAGUGCGUCCCUCUACGCCUCCCGCCAGCAACAGACGGAGUGGAUGAACACCAUCCUCGCCGCCACCUUGUCCAUCAUGGAGUCGCGCUCGCACCUGGAGGUGGCCGCGGUGCUGCGGGAGUUUUGUAGGUUGCUGAACCGCAUCAAGCCGAACUUCACGAUUGACGAGCUGCGAAGGUCACCGUGUUACGAGCGGUGGGUGCGGGCCCUCGCCGAGUUUACAAAGUUGUGCUUCCAAAACUGGCGUCACGCACGGCAGGCGUUUCUUUCCUUGACGUCCAUUUGGGCCAAGCUGGUAGGGUCCCAGUUUUACUGCAAGGACGGCUGCACUUUGUUCGAGCUGCUCGCGCCGGAGGUGUGCCUCGCCUACAUGAUGUCUAACCAGGAGCAGGCGGAGCGGUUUGGCACUGAUGGAGAGGCACCCGCAUUUGGGGAUUACAUCUUGGACGCUGACGCGGAAGCCAUUUCGAUGGAGUUUGAAUUUGUCUCUCAACUGUUGCGUUUGUGCGGCGAGGCGGCAGAGCAGUAUCUCCUUCAGGAAAUAUGCUCCCUGUUGGAGGCACUGAAAAUGGCCGAGGCCCACGCAUCACCGCAGUUGUCGUGUGUGUGUGAGCGACUGGCGUGCAUCGUUACCCUUGCCAGUUCAUGGUUGAGCUCGUACCGUUUUAGCCGCAACGCGCGUGCUUUGGACUCCAGUGUACUGGUUGCGUGUUUGAGGGUUGUGAGGCAAAGCUGCCAGGUUUCCUCUGCCCGCUCCCUGCCAUCGGCAGCGGGUCGUCACUUGCACGGUUCCCUCCUCGCAUUCCUGCGUGCUGCGUGGCAUAUCCUGCUGCUUGAUAGGAUGGAUGAAUCAAAUAAACUGCGGGAAUCGUUGCGGCAUGCGUUCUCUCUGAAAACUUCGGAAACACCUGCUACUUUGCUUUUAGGUCUGGUGGUGGAUGAAGUCAUGAGCUGCGUUUGCUUUUGCAGUGGCCCUAUUGUGUUUGAGGCCAUGCAACUCCUGAGUGAGAUGGCGCAAUCCCCCUCCACAGCGGUGGUGUUGCGGACGCUGCCACAAUUCCACGGCAAUCGACCCGUGCUUGAGGCUGGCGCGAUGAGGACGGCCGAGGAGGCUGCCGUGUUUUGUCGACUCCAGUACCACCUCUCACGUAUCAAGGCGCAGGUGCACUUUCUUGGGUGUACGGCGGAGUCUUCCUGGGAGGAUUUCGUGCGACCGUUGCAUGAGGAGCUUGGCAUGUGCCUGCGGCCAGGGGCGAUGCCUGCCGACGGCCACUCAGAGUCCUUUACGCGUGUCAUUUGUUUGUGGCGCGGCGUGUUCCGCUCGUGCGUUGGGCAGAAAGAGUACAAGUUGCUGCUGCGCCAGUUCUCCCCCUGCCUUUUCCUCCUGACGCAGCAGCUUCAGAGCCAGGCGGGGACGGUGUGCGGCGUGCAGUUGCUGCGUUUGAUUAAUGAAAUCACCGAGAACCGCUUUCGUCGCAUCAACUUUGGUGCCAACGGGGUGGAGGGGUAUCAUCUUUUCCGCGCCGUCAGUGACGCGCUAAGCACGGCCGCUCCCUUGCUGCGCAAGGCGCUAGUCUCCGGGGACGCCUGCCUCGAGGCGUGGGGGAUCAAGUGUUUGCGCAUCCUGCUUCACACGGGACGCAAUAUUCUCACAGGGGGGUACUGCAACCUGGGCGUCUUGCGGCUCUACGAGGACAAGGCGUUGGUGGCCUGCUUGACGGCGCUGUGGCAGGCCAUGGCGCUGGUGGACCGCCCCCGCUUCUGCCACCACGAGAAGCUUGCCCGGGCCCACCUCAUGCUCGCGGAGGAGCUUCUCAGAGAGCUGCACUUGUGGUUUUUCUGCGAGCUCCCCGUUGGGGAGCUGCUCCACGUCAUCCACACGCUGGAGUUUUCACUCGGUCAUCACGUCGCCAGCUCCGCCGCCCUUGCGUCACUCAGCGCGGAGGCGCUCGGUGCAUUCACCAGCACGUUGUGUUCCGCCGAGGGCGACUGCGCGGAGCACCGGGAACGCGUUCGGGGCUCGUUGCUGCGCGCCGACCCGAGCCUCUUCCCACGCCUGCUGCGGCUGGCGCUUGACGUCGUUGUGUCGAGGAAGUGCUCCGCCUCGAAGGUGGAGGCGCUGCUGCGAACACUGAUUGCGCUGGACGGGGACUGCUUUCUGCAGCUGGCGGGGGAGUUUGCGGGGAUAGCCCUCGCGGCUGGCAAGGACGCGGAAGUGCGGGCGGCGUUUGCGCUGUUGGGCUCAAGCGCAUGUGAGGCAGUGAGCAAGAACAACAACAACUUGUUUACAAAACAGUUUCAGCACUUUUCAACGCUUGUGUCAAGCUGCCUUUGCUGA